AAUCAUCGCGGCGUUGUAAUAAUUGCAAUUCCAUGUUCCGUAUAUUUGGUCAGUUUGUGGUUGGUACGAAUACAGGCAAAUUAGUAGAGGCAACGCCAACGAAGGUUCAUCUCCAGAAGAGUCCAAUCGAGGACAGCCAGCCAGACGCUUAGAUCUCUUUAUCCCUUUUUUUUGUGAUUUUCUGAUCGUCAACAAUGGGAUUGUGGGAAGCAUUUCUGAAUUGGCUCCGCAGCCUCUUUUUUAAACAAGAAAUGGAGCUGUCCCUGAUUGGACUUCAGAAUGCUGGAAAGACCUCACUUGUAAAUGUUGUUGCAACUGGUGGAUAUAGUGAGGACAUGAUCCCUACUGUUGGAUUCAAUAUGAGAAAAGUGACAAAAGGAAAUGUUACAAUUAAGUUAUGGGAUCUUGGAGGUCAACCAAGGUUCCGCAGUAUGUGGGAGAGAUACUGUCGUGCAGUUUCUGCUAUUGUUUAUGUGGUUGACGCUGCUGAUCCUGAAAACCUGAGCAUCUCAAAAAGUGAACUUCAUGAUUUGCUGAGUAAACCCUCCCUUAAUGGCAUCCCUUUGCUGGUGCUAGGAAACAAGAUUGACAAGCCGGGAGCUUUAUCUAAAGAGGCUUUGACUGAUCAAAUGGGACUGAAAUCAAUUGUUGACAGAGAAGUUUGCUGCUUUAUGAUCUCAUGCAAGAACUCGACAAACAUUGACUCUGUUAUUGAUUGGCUUGUGAAGCAUUCCAAAUCAAAGAGCUGAGAAGGCCCAACAAUCUUUCAUUUUUUGUGUGGAUAUGUGUGAUAAUUCCAGAAGGGUGAGUUUCUUGGUUGACGAUGGAGAUUUUCACUCAAUUGAUCCGGUUGCUGAUUGUUAAAUUAUUGUCUUCUUUUCUCAUGAGCUGCUUUGUACUGUAUAUUAGAUAGUUUAUUCCUACAAUAAUGCUUGAGUUACCGAUUAAACUACCGAUUUGACAUACUGACUCAUGUGAAUUGAGUUAAAUUUUGAGAUUUGGGUAAUUGGGCAGGUGGGUCGGUAUAUGAAAAUCGGUAGCUUGAUCGGUAAGUGUAGUAUUGCCCUUAUUCCUAAUUAUUCGCUUUUUGAGGCUAGAGCUUGUAUGAGGCAUUGUUCUCUUAUCCCCAUUCACCUAAUGUAUUUGAAAAGUUUGAUUUUGCUUCUUAA